AUGUCCUUGCGUAUAGUCAGGGUCGAACGCUUGUGUGGUCCGCGUUUAUGGAAAAGCCGCUGGACAUGCCGAGGAUUCUCCACGACCCGACCGACGAGGAUAGAUGAUAUUGCUGUAGGGACACCAGUCAGACCAGAGGCCAAGCCGUACUACGUGACCACUCCCAUCUUCUACGUUAAUGCUGCUCCUCACGUCGGCCACCUCCAUUCUCUCCUGCUCACAGACGUCCUAGCUCGGUACGCCCGCUUACGAGAUCCGAAUCGAGAAGUUAGAUUCGCAACGGGUACGGACGAACAUGGAUUGAAGAUCCAGCAGGUAGCUAAGGGGUUAGGGCGAGAGCCGGGGGAUCUGUGUGACGAGAUUAGCGAGCGGUUUAGGGCAUUAGCCAAAGCAGCCAACGCUUCGAAUACCAACUUCAUUCGAACGACCGACCCAGCCCACAAGCUCGCCGUGCAACACCUCUGGAAAGAACUAGAAAAGAACGGACAUAUCUAUAAAGGAUCUCAUUCUGGCUGGUAUGCCGUUUCGGACGAAUGCUUCUAUACCGAAGCUCAGAUUGGAGACGUUGUGGAUCCCGUUUCAGGGGAGAUUAAGAAGGUCGCACUGGAGAGUGGGUCGACGGUAGAAUGGACGGAAGAAGAGAAUUACAAGUUCAGGCUGAGCUCGUUCAAGCAGAGCUUGAUCGAUUGGUUAGAAGCCAGCCCUGAUUCGGUACAUCCUCCCUCGACCCAAACACACCUCUUAAAAACCCUUCAGUCCGAACCAUUGCAAGACUUGUCCAUCUCCCGUCCCGCUUCGCGACUUUCAUGGGGUGUCCCCGUACCCAAUGAUCCCGAGCAUACAAUCUACGUUUGGGUGGACGCGUUGACGAAUUACCUGACGGUGCUCGGGUAUCCUUGGAAGGGGGAGGAAGGGGGAGAGACUUUGGGUGUAGAGGGGAGGCAUGGGUGGCCAGUGGAUGCGCAUGUUGUCGGGAAGGAUAUUGUCCGAUUUCACGCGAUCUACUGGCCAGCGAUGUUAAUCGCCGCCGGCCUCUCUCCGCCUAAACAAGUUAUCGCCCAUGCACACUGGACGAUGAACAAAUCGAAGAUGUCCAAAUCCAAGGGCAACGUGGCCGAUCCCUUCGAGGCUAUGGAGAGGUACGGUGUGGAUGCGGUCAGGUGGUAUUUGAUGCGGGUCGGGGGUAGUCUUUCGGGGGAUGCAGACUACUCGGCAGGCGAGAUGGAGAAACACUACAAACUCCUAGCCUCGCAAGUCGGUAACCUCGCCUCCCGAAUCGCUUCGCCCAAGUUGCAGAAACGGUUCCUUAAAGCCGCUUCCACGCAUCCGGAUGCCACCUCGCUCGUUCAUCCCGAGGUACAGGAGCUACGAAAGGUCUUCCUUCGAUGCCGGGAUGUGCUGGAGGAACGACUGGAUACCUUGGAAAUCAGUCGUGGGCUGGAAGAAGCUAUGGAGAUGGUUUUCGAGGCCAACCGCCUGUUUACAGCGCUCGAACCAUGGAAAUCCGAUACGAGCGAUACCGACGUGAUCAACGCCAUGGUUUUCGCUCACGAAUCACUACGACUGCUCGGCAUCGCGUUGACUCCGAUCAUGCCGAGCAAGACGGCCGAGCUUCUCGGUAGUCUGCACGUGUCGCCGGACAAGAGGACAUGGGAGAACCUCGUCUGGGAUGAAGAAGCCGCUCUCAGGCGCGUCGUCGAGAGCGUCAACUCGGCCAUGCAAGUCAAGGGGAAGAAGCAGGUCUUAUUUCCAGCGCUAGUGGAAGAUGCUUAG